AUGGGCUUCUUCCUCACACUUCUUCGCUCGCAGCUCUUUACCAAACUCCCAUACCCAACAUGGAGCUUUGAGGGGCAGACAGUUGUCAUUACAGGGUCCAACACAGGACUUGGCCUAGAAGCUGCACGCCACAUUGUGCGGCUAGGUGCUGCGAAGGUCAUCCUUGCCGUUCGAACUAUCUCCAAAGGCGAAAAGGCAGCCGAAAACAUCAUCGAGAGCACUCACGUCACGAAGAGUGUACUUGAAGUCUGGCCUCUUGAUCUCUCUGACUACGAGUCUAUCAAAGCAUUCGGAGCACGCCUUCAAACCCUAGAUCGCCUCGACGCCUUGAUCCAGAAUGCAGGCGUGCUCACAAAUCAUUUUAAGAAGGAAAAGGAAUCCGGGGUGGAAUCGCACAUCGCCAUCAAUUCCGUGUCUGCCGUCUUAAUUGGCCUGCUUGCUUUGCCAAAGCUCAAGGAAACUGCACGCAAGACUGGCACUCGAACGCGACUUACUUUUGUCGGAUCAGACCUUCACUUCAUCGCAGCAUGUAAGGAGGCGGAGCAUGAUGGAUCGUUGUUCGAUGUGCUUAGCGAUGAGAAGAUUGCCGAUAUGAGUGACAGGCAAGUGCAGGAUUCUACCCUCUUCUCGCAUCAUCUUCUGACUCCUGUGCAGGUAUCGAGUGUCAAAAUUAUUGCUACACUACUCCGUCCAAGAGCUUGCUGCUCGCAGUCCGUUAGGCUCGGGCUCCGACGUCAUUAUUGA